AUGGAGACGGCGUUCCAGAUCUUUGAUGAUGACCCCACCAGAGAAAGAAUUUGCAGAUUUGAAAGAGAGGGAAAGAGGCGUCUCCGACGAACCCUACCCCUAACGUCAUUGUGUCUGUAUCUCGAAGCUCAUAGCCGUCGUCGGAGACGGCGAAGACGGUGUAAAAUCGAGCCACAGACUUCACCGUUUCAAAAUCGUUCUUGUGAAACCCUUCCUGUUGAGGAUGAACAAACGUCAUCGCCGUUCUUGCUUCACCCUUUGACUCUCGUUUUACUGGUGGUGUUGGAAACAUUACUAUACUCCUCACCUCCGACCACUGCUACACCCCGUCACCAUGCUCGUCGGCUUCAGAUAUGUUCAGAUCUGUGGCUAGAGGAUCCAACGGUGGUGUGGAGAUGUAACCCAGAUCGAUGA